CUUGUAUUGGGGCUUCAUUGUUCCCGCUGGGCCGGGCGGUUUAGUGUAAUUGCCGCGGGAGAAGGAGGCGGAGUAACCUCUGGUCAGCCGAGAAACCCCGCUAUCCCGUAGCCAUAACCGCUCAAACGAUUUGGGAGGUAGUGAAGGGCAGGGAGUUGGACCCGGAGGCGGCGCCGCGACAGCAGCAGCCAUGGAGGACGAGAUGCCCAAGACUCUAUACGUCGGUAACCUUUCCAGAGAUGUGACAGAAGCUCUAAUUCUGCAACUCUUUAGCCAGAUUGGACCUUGUAAAAACUGCAAAAUGAUUAUGGAUACAGCUGGAAAUGAUCCCUAUUGUUUUGUGGAGUUUCAUGAGCAUCGUCAUGCAGCCGCAGCAUUAGCUGCUAUGAAUGGACGGAAGAUAAUGGGAAGUCAAAGUGAAUUGGGCAACAACCCCCAGCAGUCAAAAGAAAGAUACAAGCAGUAGUACCGUUGUCAGCACACAGCGUUCACAAGGUAAUUGUAUCUUCUUAAACAUAAAAUGAAAUCUCUUGAAAGGGUAUUCACUAACCACCUGAGGUUUUUUUGUUUGAUAUUUGGGGGAGGGGGGGUGGGAGGAGAUAUUAUUUCUAUUUGUCUCUCUAGCAAUAUUUUUCUCCUUUCUCGGUGUUGACCAAGUAUAGCUUGUCUGCUACUUUGGUGCUAGUUCAAGCUUUCUGAUCCCUUUGGUGGCAGCUGAUGCCUUAGAACUACUUUCACCAACUAAGGGGCAAAAUAUACCCUCCUUUCUUGAGGUCGCCAUCUGGGCUUCAUACCCAGAUCUUCCAAAUGCUUGAGUUGCUCCUCAAAUUUUGUUUCCCAAAGAGUAUUCCAAAAUGUUGUUUAAGGCCUGUCAAAUAUGGGUAAUUUUUCUUUCCAAAUAUGCUUUGUCAAAUUGAUGUAUGUGUCCAUUUUAAAGUGUUGGUCCAACAAUUUUGCAUUUUUAAAGUGUUUCUUUUUUUGAUAAUUGUCUUUUUUAAAAACUUCAGAUAUGGGAUGGUUAUUUCUCUCCAAUGCUUUUUUAAUGGUUCUGAUAUAAAGUGAAGGGAUUACUGUUUUCAUUCUGUUGCCUUCAGUCUUAGUUCACUUGCACAUGGAUUCACAUAAACUGAAUGGUGUAAUGUCUGGGCAACCAAAACUGUUGGCUUUUGAGAAAACUGUCAAAUACUUUAACAUCAAACUGUUGCAAUGCAAGAUCAUUUCCAUGUCUUUGUUGGUGAUCUCAGUCCAGAAAUUACAACUGAAGAUAUAAAAGCUGCUUUUGCACCAUUUGGAAGAAUAUCAGAUGCCCGAGUGGUAAAAGACAUGGCAACAGGAAAGUCUAAGGGAUAUGGCUUUGUCUCCUUUUUCAACAAAUGGGAUGCUGAAAACGCCAUUCAACAGAUGGGUGGCCAGUGGCUUGGUGGAAGACAAAUCAGAACUAACUGGGCAACCCGAAAGCCUCCCGCUCCAAAGAGUACAUAUGAGUCAAAUACCAAACAGCUAUCAUAUGAUGAGGUUGUAAAUCAGUCUAGUCCAAGCAACUGUACUGUAUACUGUGGAGGUGUUACUUCUGGGCUAACAGAACAACUGAUGCGUCAGACUUUUUCACCAUUUGGACAAAUAAUGGAAAUUCGAGUCUUUCCAGAUAAAGGAUAUUCGUUUGUUCGGUUCAAUUCCCAUGAAAGUGCAGCACAUGCAAUUGUUUCUGUUAAUGGUACUACCAUUGAAGGUCAUGUUGUGAAAUGCUAUUGGGGCAAAGAAACUCUUGAUAUGAUAAAUCCCGUGCAACAGCAGAAUCAAAUUGGAUAUCCACAACCUUAUGGCCAGUGGGGUCAGUGGUAUGGAAAUGCACAACAAAUUGGCCAGUAUAUGCCUAAUGGUUGGCAAGUUCCUGCAUAUGGAAUGUAUGGCCAGGCAUGGAACCAGCAAGGAUUUAAUCAGACACAGUCUUCUGCACCAUGGAUGGGACCAAAUUAUGGAGUGCAACCGCCUCAAGGGCAAAAUGGCAGCAUGUUGCCCAGUCAGCCUUCUGGGUAUCGAGUGGCAGGGUAUGAAACCCAGUGAAAAAGGACUCCAGAAUCUAAAGCCAGUGGCUUGAGGCUACAGGGAGUGUAGUAAAGCCGUUGUUUACUUAAAGAUUUAUCAAAUCAGUCAGUGCAAAUGUCAGAUACAAUGUAUUUAUUUAAAAGAUUCAUUUUUAAUCAUGAAAUUACUUAUCAUCCACAUUGUUUUAAAAAGAAACAAGAUGCUGGAUGUCUGCCAAUUUUUGCCUUCAUUACCUUUUUUGAUAAAGUUUCUCAGAUCCUUGUUUCAAACACAAAUGCAGGGAUUGCUGCCACUUUUUAACUAUUAAGAGGCAGAAAAUUGCACAAUAUUGAACUUUUUUCCACUAAAGUAGUGUGCAGUUAUAGUUUGCAUUCCUGAUAUGAUUUAAAACAUGUAAUAUAAAGAUGUUAAAAAAAAAAAAAACUGUGCAGAGUCUAGAAGUUCUCUGUCAUCUUCAGCUUGUGCACAAUUCUGUUUUAGGUUAAAAAAAAAAAGGCAUUGUUUGAGCUGUCCCAUCUCCACUGUUAUCCCUUUGUGGUUUUUUAAUAUAAAUUAUUAGUUUAUGUCAUUUUUGUAUCUACAUCUUUUUUCACAAAUUUGUCUUGCCUUAUUAAAGUUCUGUAAAAUAUACUUAAAUGGAAAAAAUGAUGUUCAUUUAGAUUGAAAAUUUUUCUCAGAUGGAUUGAUAAUUGCAUUCAUCUUGUGUUUUAUAUGAGAAGGUGCCUCAAGAAUUCCCUGUUGGAUUUGUUUAAAAGAAUUUUUAUCUUCUGUGAUAAACUUUGCUGUGUACCAGGAACUAUAAAAACAAAAACUUGUUACUAAAGAAAAUAUCUGAAAUGUGAUAAGUUCUUAUGCCAUGUUAAUUUCAUGUGUCAACUUCAACAUUUACAUGUAUUAUUUCAUUAUGUAAAAUGUUUUAGCAAUUUAAUAUUUUGCACAGUUAGCAAACUUUGUAUGUCAUUUCCUUCAAGGUAUCAUGCAGAGUUUACAUGAAAUUUAUAAGGUUUUAAGUUGUUUGCAUGUGAAAAUCAAAUACAUACUUUGGUAGUCUUUGAAUACAAAGUCAUCUGCUCUUGUUUUUCAAGAAUUUUGAGACACAAAGUUGUAUGUAAAGGAAUAUAUUUGCCGUUUUAUAGGUAGAUUUGCUCAAAAAGAGUGAAUCAACUUAACAUGUACAAAUGAUAGCUGUGAAACUGUAGAAUAUCUAUGUGUCAGGCUUGGAGUUCAUUGUGACCUCCAAAUUUUGCCUGAAGGACCAGCUGGGCAAAGCAUUUUUUAAAUGUUCAGAGGCCAAAAGAUAAACAAACAAAAAAAAAAAACCUUAAAAUCCUACCUCUUUAAACAGCCUUCAAAUAAGAAUCCUCAGUGCAAUCAUUAUUUUGAUUCUUUUGGUACCUGUUUUCCUGGAGUUCCCAAUUUUAUUAUUUUGGAGUGGCUCCAAGCAUUAAGAGGUUUAAUCUUUGAUGGCAUUGUUCUAGUUUUGAAAUUUCUAUUGUAUUUCAGAGUCUCUUAGAAAACUUGUGUGGGAAGUUUCAUUUUGUUUUUGGUGAAGGUCACAAACCUCCUUCUUCCUUGACUCAGAGAGGAAAGGUCCCAGUAUAUAUAUUUGAAUGGUCAGUGGUUUUCAAGACCUUCAGAGAGCUCCCUGCAUUUUACCUAGAAACAGAAAAGGCCUGCAAAAUCUUAAGUUUCCUGGCCUGCAUUUUCCAGGUAGGGGCAAAUGACUCCAAGCUGGUCUCUAAGCCAAUACCCUUGUAAACCAGAGUCCAGGAAAGAUAGCUCAAGUGUGUAAUUCUCUGGAGCUCAAUUCUAUGCAGUUGUGCUAUUUCAUUAAGUCACUGUGUGUUUUUAAGUGUUGAUACAUUAAAAGUCGCUUUAUGGAAGAUGAGUACAUUUUUUAAAUACUUGGAAAUUUUAUUUCCUUAUUAACUUCUACAGAUCAGGGCAUGCAACCAAAAGCAGCUUAAAUGAAAUAUUUAAAAAAAUAAAAUAUCAGGAAGCUAUUUUUAGAUUUCUUCUGGCUUAUGUUUCUAUUUUAGGACCCUCAUUUUUCUCUUAUUAAAAAAAAUUAUUUCCUGUACAUCUCAUGGACUGCAGGGUAAAUUAUUUGGGCAUAAAUAAUUUAAAUAGUUUUCUUUCAUUUUGACUAUCUCCAGUAACAACAAUUUUUAUUAGCCAGCAUAUUGGCUUAUUGCACAAAUCUUAAAAUGUACAUUGACUACUUUUUGAGAAGAAAGUGGUAUCAGUACUCGCGAUGAAAAGGUUACUACUGAACAAAUUCACAUUUCAGGAACACCUAUCUAUCUUUGGUUUAAAUCUUACUCUUAGUUUUUCAGUCUAAAAAUCAUACUGGUAUUAGUAUCAGGUAAGGAAAUUAAAAGUUUUUUAAAUGGUUUCAUUCUCUGCAAUAUGCAAAAUUUAGAUUUACUUUCUGGUACUGUAAAGAACCUGAAGUGAUUCACACUUAAUGGGUCAUUAAUCCAGUAUUCUUUACCCUGAAUGUUUGGAUAUUAAAGUUCCUUUAUGUUUUCUAUAA